AUGGCUGGAAGCGAUAUUCAAGUUGGUGAGGAGAAGCACAAUCAUGCUGUCAGAGGAAGACGGAAAUCGGGACGCGUUUGGAAAGAGCAACAUGCCAGGAGCAACGCAAAAAUGAAUGUCAAGCCCUUGCGUUCAUCCUGGAAGGCGAAAAUGAAUAAGAAAUUAACUAACCAAUCCAUUAAAGAUUUUGAGAGAGAGCUUAAAGAUACCGACCGAAAAGCAAAGGAAGAGAAAAGACUAAUCAUGGAGGCCAGGAAAAAGCUCAAGGAAGAAAAUGCUAGAAAGGCAGAAAUCGUGCAAGUGAUUACUAAAUCCAGCACACUGAAGAAAAUGAAGAAAAAACAUUUAAAAACUAUCAGAAUGGGAUAA